CCCUCGGCCUGGCGUCUCGCGUUCAUCCUGCCCUCGCCUGAGCCCGGGACGCGGCGGCGGAGAGACACGGGAGGAGGCGUGGGGCCAUGGAGGACGACGGGCAGCCCAAGACGCUGUACGUGGGGAAUCUCUCCCGGCAGGUGACGGAGGCUCUCAUUUUGCAGCUGUUUGGUCAGAUCGGCCCAUGUAAAAGCUGCAAAAUGAUCACAGAGGUAAAAUCAAAGGAAAAUAAAUUACAGGCGAGCAGUGACCCCUACUGCUUCGUGGAGUUCUACGAGCACAGGCACGCCGCGGCUGCACUCGCCGCCAUGAACGGCCGUAAGAUUCUCGGCAAGGAAGUGAAAGUGAAUUGGGCCACAACACCCAGCAGCCUGAAGAAGGACACAAGCAGCCCAUCUACCAACUUUGGAACACGCCAGUUAGAUCACUAUCACGUGUUUGUGGGAGACCUGAGCCCAGAGAUCUCCACCGAUGAUCUCCGGGCGGCCUUCGCUCCCUUCGGUAAAAUCUCCGACGCACGAGUAGUAAAAGACUUGGCCACUGGCAAAUCUAAAGGAUAUGGUUUUGUCUCUUUCUUCCAGAAACUGGACGCGGAGAACGCCAUACAGCAGAUGGGGGGCCAGUGGCUGGGAGGCCGGCAAAUCCGGACCAACUGGGCCACUCGCAAGCCCCCCGCUCCGAAAGGCUCCCAGGACAACCCCAAGCACCUGUCAUUCGAAGAGGUUCUCAAUCAGUCAAGCCCCACAAACUGUACCGUCUACUGUGGAGGCAUCACCCAGGGACUCACAGAACAACUCAUGCGUCAGACCUUCCUGCUCUUCGGUCAGAUCUUGGAGAUCCGGGUGUUCCCGGACAAAGGAUACUCUUUUAUACGGUUUGCCACACACGAGAGUGCCGCCCACGCCAUCGUGUCGGUCAACGGCAGCACCAUCGAGGGCUUCAGUGUCAAGUGCUUCUGGGGGAAGGAGGCGUCGGACCCUGUGAAUCAGUUUCAGCAGCAGUUCAGCCAGGUGGGCUACACGCAGCAGCCGUGGACCCAGUGGGGGCCCUGGUAUGGAGGAAGCCAGCAGUACCAGCAGUUCAUCAACAACGGCUGGCAGGUCCCACAGUACAGCAUGUACGGCCAGGCCUGGAACCAGCAAGGGUACAGCUUAGAGCAGACGCAGCCGGCGGCCGCAGCCGCGGCGGCCGCAGGCUGGAUGAGCAGCGCCGCGGGCAACUCCUUCGCCUACAGGACCCAGCCUUCUCAGGGCCAGAGCGCCAGCCUCAUCCCCAGCCCAGCCACCUUCAGCAUGGCGGGCUUCCAGAACCAGUAACGGCGGUGGCGGCGGCGGCGGCGGCGGCGGCAAGGGGACGUGACCACCGGAGCGAGGAGAGACACGGCACUCGGUUGAUCCAGCAACGCGGCAGGGGGGCCGGCGGCACGGCUCGUUGUCGCCCACGCGGGCACCGUCCUCGGCACUGUCUGCCCACGCGCGGGCGCAACUCCCCACGCGCGCUCCCACGGCGGGCACGGGUUAGGGAAACGUGUGACCCCCCCCCCCACCCACCUCCCUUCACCGCUUUCCCCUUCUCCCCCCCCCCCGGCCUCUCGUAUGAAUCCCCAGGAUGUGAUUAAAUAACCCUUUGCCCCUGGUAGAAUGGUAAAUGAAUACGCCUUCUAGUGUCACUCUAAAAGUUCCACCGAAGAGUGAGCAAUGCGCAACAGUGUAUCGAUUUCGGCUCCCUUGACCUUGAAAAAUAUAUCACGCUGAGUUUUUAUUUUGUUGUUUUUUUUUUCAUGUUUAAACACUCCAUGAAAGUCAUUCAGAGCCCAAAUAAAUGCGUUUGCCAACCUGACAGAAUAACGCGUUUUGAGACUCGUCAGCCAUGUAAAAACACGUGGAAAGGCCCAAUAUUAAUUUGAAAACUUAAUUGAUGAUUCCUUGACCUAAUGAUGCUUCUUUGUUGUUAAUCUCUGGAUAGCCGAUAAUGCAGUGAGCUCUCCCAGCUGCAUUUACCCGUUCGGCACGCAUGCCAGGAUUUCUGGCCUGUUCCACUGUAUUAAACGGUCUUAAAUGUAUAAGGCCAUCCAAAGGUAAUGAACUCCACGAAUACAGAAAUGCAAUUGGUAGCAACUAUUGGAAUCACUAUCAACUGUAACUAACCUAAAGUUUUCAAUGGUUACUCAAUUGCGUUGUUGCAGCUGCACAACAAAUUGCGUUAAAAAAAGAUAAACAACACUUCUGCGUUGUUUAAUUUACACCGUGGAGGAUCCCAUUCCCCAGGAACGAUGUUGCCGCGUGCCCAAAGUGAGGAAGCAAAGCACUACGUCAAGAUUUUUCUCCUCAACGACUUUCACUCAAGCGUUCUUAAAACGUGCGACCGACCGACCGACCGCCUUGCGUUUGAACAUCGUUCCCUCCCCUCUCUCAAAAUGCUGCGCCACUGAUGUACAGUGGCACACGGCCUAACUAACCUCCUCGUCAGGGCCUUGGUCACCGACGGCAGAACGAGGCAAAACCGCGGGCGGCGUGUGAGGGUAGCCUUGCGAGUUGUUGCGGCUGCGUGAGGAGUAGGGACAGGGUUGACGACCCUCGUCCUGAAAGAGCCAUUUAACACUGGGAUGCAGACAUCGCCUAGGCUGCACAAAUCACGUUUCAAUGCAUCCCGCCAGUAGCUUCCAUCUGUGCGUCUGUAUCCUCCGCAGACCGAUGCAAACCUCAUUGUGCUUCAGGAAAACACGACCGGCGGCCUCAUUGUCAUUCUCGUGCAUCUCGGUUAGUGUUACGAUUACUUUCUGGGGAGUGGGGGCCUCGCCAGUGACGUCAAACGAGCGGUAACAAAUACAAAGGCGCACCUUGUUCCCAAUUGUGUCCCCGCAGAAGGUGUGCAGUUAAAGUCGUGGUGCACCGACACACAGCUGGCCUGACGGGUGUCCUCGAGUAUCUCUUGCAGGGGUGGCCAAAACCUCCCGAGCCCGAGAGCCGCAUUCCCAAAACCUUCACAGGAGGGGGAGGACCGGCCUAUUGGCCCAUGCAGAGCCGCUACCCUCGCACCCAUUUUUUUAAAAUAUGGAAAUCUGCAGGAGCACUCCAGAAGUAUUUGUGUUUGGCUGCUCUGCCCGGGAGGGGGGGUGGGGGGAGGAGGAGCGCGAGGUUCCGCAGAUCUUCCCCCCCCCCCCCCGUUUCAAAUAAAAGUUAAGAUGAAGAGUGAUAGUUUUAAACGAUCUGCACUUGAAACUGCCCCUGCAGCUCACGAGCCGCCGGUUUGGCUGCCCCUGCCCCCCCCAGGCACGUCGUUCACGUGGGGCCAGUAUCAUUCACGUGGCCUCCUACCCCGAGCAUCUUUUAUAACGCUGGCUGUCGAAACCGACGUGUUGGGUACACGUUAUGUGCGUUCGUAAUGUUGCAUUUGCUUUAAUUGUAAACAUCGCAAAGCAAAUGAGGCUCCCCGCCCAUUUUUUUUAAUCCAAUUAAAACUAUUUGCCUCUUUGUUUUCAUAAAAUCAUUUUGACAAAUUGGCGAAGCCAUAGCGUAGUAAUAUGUUGAAAGUGUUUUGUAAACAUUGCUAUCUGGGUGGGUUAUUUAACACGACUCCCGGCUUUUUGUAUGUACACACUUAAGGAACGGUCAAAAACUAUUCAAUGUACGAUUUAAAAUAUUGCACGAACCUAUUGGCUUAUGAGAUCCCAUAUUUAUAUACGAAUUGUAUAAUACAAUAAGCUCAUUAUUGUUAUAUUGUUAUUAUUUAACAAUAUACGAUUGUCAGUUUAAUAUUUUCUUUUUAAAUUUAUGGUUGCGCCUUUUGGUGUAAAAAACAAAAACGUAUGGACUCUAUGAGGACAUUGCUGUCGAGAGAACACAAUAAACCCAUAUAAAUAACGUAACUACUACUCAACUCCUCCCCAUCGUGUACACUAACGGAGGGGGACGCCUCCCCACACCUGAAACAAAACGCUUUCAAUCCACCAAUUGCGUAUUGACAUUUGUAGGCCAUUUUUUUUGGCGCCAAUGGCUGCCCCCCCCCUACCCACCGCCCGCCUUCCCCCCAUGAUAGCGAAGAGCUGCUGCUGGGCUUUUGUAUGGGAUUGGGCGGGGGGGGGGGGGUACCUUUGCUUGCUGGUCACGCGAGUUGUAGAUCGACUCUUGUGAGCUCUCCUCUUCCUGCUUUGUCCGCCGGACAGCUCGGACUGAAGGGCAACCGUCCUCUCUCGCGUGGGUCCACAGAAUGCCCCGCGGUGUUUUCCCCCCGCCGUGUAGCCCCCCCCCCCCCCCCCCCCCGGUAGCUACUUAUACCCAGCCGACUCUUGCUUUUCACGCGCCCGUCCGUGCCGGGAUCGCAAACGGCUCCUGCUGGAGAUUAUCGGUCUUCGACGUCGGCCGGUGCUCUGGCGUCGUCUUAACUCGAAUUGUCCGUUUUCAGAUCGCGAAUUGUGACCUGAAAGAGAAGCCCAUUGAGAAGGGCACGGGCGGACGGCGCCGUUACAUAACCCGGAAAGCGUUUCCACGUCGCACGCGAUUCAAAACGGCGAGGCGCGGUGGCGUGUCCCAAAACGCAGCCAAUUCUGGGUCUCCAUCUCCCCCCCCCCACCCCCCCAAAGGGCCCAUUGGGGAUGGACUGUCCGCAUCGUAAAAUUGACAGUGCGUCUUGGUUAAUUGGUGAAGAGCGCUGGGACGGUUGGUUGGGAGGUUGAGCUCUGCUGGACUGGAUGAAGUGAGAGGGGUCACGAGAGGGGUCACGAGAGGGGGGGGGGCGGGGACGACCCCUCCUCGUGAGCCUCCCGUGUGCCACGUCUCCCCCCUCCACCCCACCUCCACCCCACCCCCACGUCCACGUGGGUUCAGUGCUUCCGAAUGAAUAAUAAAGGAGCCGGGGCGAGGCUCGCGCCGGCCCUUGAUCGAUGGCGCCACGUAAAUGACGAUGGAGCUGGCUUUAAACAAACAAAAAGACAACUUUAGAUGCCUAAACGCGGCAACUGUUUGCGUUGUUUUUUGCGGGUAAUUUUUUUUGUAAUCUUUAAAUUUAAACUUUUUUUGUUUACAAUGUGACACAAAAAUGUGCGAAUUUUUUUUCUCUGCAUCAAAAUGUGUUUCUCCCCCACCCCCUCUCCGCUCUUCUGACACCGGUGCGACUUCUGCAUUGCGUUCAUAUAUACAGUACGUCACGGCCUGAGUGAAAGUGUUGAGCAUAUGUUUUGCGUACAUUGUGCGAAGUAUACGCAGCACAAGUAUAUAACGUGCCGUCGCUUGUUGCCGGAUUUGGGAAGCAUUGUUCAGUUUUCUUCUGUACAGAUGUCGUGCACACUUGAUUGAGCAGACUACAUAUAUGAUAACUAAAAAUGUAAUAAAAGUUUAACGGUGGGAAUUUUUUGAAAGGGGAAGGGUCGGACCUUGUAAAAAAAAUACACAAAAAAUUACCUUGGGUGGUUGGGUGGGUGGGUGUCAUACGAUCAUAGUAGCUGGGAACUUGCUUUCUUUGUAGGAUAGUCGUAGAUGAAUGGCAGGCGGUUUAAAUAUACUUUUUUGUUGGACUGAGCGGCGAAUUUUAUCUUUGAGCUAAAGAUGAACGAGGGGGAGAACGGCUUUGGGGGGGGGGGGGGUCCCCCACGUUGCCAAGUCGCUCGACGAGGCGUGUGCCGUGCUGUCGAGAGCAGAAUUAAUACUUGUUUGUUAUUCAGUUAGCCCAAUCGUUUUUAAAGUGUGCGCUUGUCAACGUGUAUGAUAUGCUGUAACAAGCAACAAAAACACCCCAACUCGUCCAAAAACACCCCAACUCGUCCAAAAACAAACAAAAACCGCGACUUGUUAUGAAACCUGUUGCGUCAAAACCGGGUUGUUGUCCGCCCCGCCGCCCCCCCCAUGCAAAGUGUGGCGAUGAAGCCCUCUCUCGGUCGGCCUCGUUGGAGCGUUGCCCCACGUGGGCUCUCACCGUCACGCCGUGGCCUCCUCGACUUUGUUCAAGUGGUCAGAGUCUCGGAGCAACCAAAUCACGGUGGUUUUGUUGUGUCGGAUAGUGCCCGUUUUCCUCCUCGUUCCAGCACAGUCUCUGUGUGUGUGUGUGUGUUGCUAUGUUACACGUGACAGGCGCUGUGCGUGUGUGUGUGUUGCUAUGUUACAGGUGACAGGCGCUGUGUGUGUGUGUUGCUACGUACAGAGUGACGGGCGCUGUGGAAGGAUCCCAGUGUCUCAAGACCAAAUGAGUACAAUGCGGAUGAUUUUCUUUGUUGUGCACCCGAGGGCGCUUUUGUAAUGAGGGGGGGGGGCUGCCCCCUUGCGCGCUUUCUCCAGCAGAGCUCGACUUGAACAGUGCAUCUUUGUCGCUUGCACGUUCUCAGUUUCUUCAAUGCACCCAACAAAAACAGGGGGGCCCAACCCACUUUAAAUUUUCGUCAAUAAUAUUGCUUUUACCGUCACCGCGUUUGAGUGUAAAUUGACCCGAGUUUAGCCAAACUUUAAACACGUUUUAGCGUGUUUAAUUUCCUCUGCAGCCUUAACCCUCCUCAACUGCCCCUUUCCCAUCUGUCCCAGCUAAAUCACUCGAUCCACGGAGCCCAUCCAGUCAACGACAUGUAACCUCUGCAGACCUAUUUGGGCCAAAUGGAGCAUUGGAAAAUCAAUUAAAAUCUAAGCAAUUGCGUGCAAAAGUAACUUGAGGAAUAUCCAUUAUCUGCCUUAAUAAAAAAAAACACACUUUUUUGUUAUAUAGAAUACAUUCGUACCUUGCCACAAGAAAACUAGCGGGCCCAUGUUUGUUGUAACGAGCAUUGUGUGUCGUAAGCAGCGCGUCUCCUUUUAAACGGUGCUCCACUGUUGUCUCGGUUGCAUUCGAUCGUAUGACGUGAAACAUUCGAACCUCGGAGGCGUCACGGGUGCGAAAUGUUAACUACCUCGCCUGGUAUACAAGAGGUCGAGCGAUCGAUCCUGACCGCCUGCCGUAUACCUGGAGUUGGCAUGCCCUCCCCGUGGUGGCGUGGAUUCUUCCCCUCCACAUUGAGAAUCAACGUCACGCGUUUAGAGUGUUUGGCUGCUCUAAAUGUCCACGCGAUCAGCCGCCACUUGGCUCAGCUCGGUCUCUAAUUGAAAAAGAGCUGUGCCACUCGCAGGGCCUUACCUAUCGUUUAAAUAAUAGUUUAGUUUGUUUCCCUGUACCGCGAGCCAUAUUAAACGGAGACAUUUCCAAUACGAGGGUGAGUUUCCAGCGACCUUCCUCCCGCGAGUUGCACUGUUUAACUUCACCUCUGCACCCUGAAAAAUGUGAGACCGGCUUUCACACGUGGUUACAAGUUACAGAGUUCGGAACGUGUUGGGGGGGGAAGAUUGGAUGUUUUGUUUGUGUUAUUUAUUGUGACCUAAGGUACAGCGGAACGGCCGCCGUCUGCCGCUUGGGGACUUCUGCCGUUGCGAGGCGGUGUGCGCUGGUGAACGCGUGGUGGUGGGGGUGGCGCUCUGUCCCAUCACACCCACACACCCACCCAGCAGUCGGUUUGACACGCGGUGACGCUUUCGUGACCAAUUGUCAUUCAUAA